AUGACAGUGGAUUUCAACGGGAAGAUGGAUGCCAUGUACACUGACUUGAAUGGCAAAAUCGAAGCCCUGAGCACUUAUACCAAUAAGUUAGAAACUCUUGCUGCACGGACUUUUGGAGUUGUGAAGAAACGAGAAGGGUGUAAUGUCAUUUUGAUUAGAGAUGGAGAUAAUGUGUGGGAGGAGGAAACAAGUGAAGAUGAUGAAACCGCACUUGCACAGCAGAUGUCGCUCAACACUAUCUCAAGGGGUCGAUCGACACUGACACCAGUUCUCAUGGAUUCGGCUCCUGAUGGACCAAUAUCGACUGCGAUCGACACCACCGUAUCAACACCAGAUCACAGUGUCGAUCGACACCUUCCCUGUGGCGAUCGACACCCCUUACAGACAGAACCAGAUUUUCUUGAAACUCUGCGACCAUCUACAGAAAAGAUCUACAAGCCUAAGGUUCCUUUUCCAAGGCCUAGGAAGUCUAAACAGGAGAUGGAGGAACCUCGAUUCAAGGCAAUGAUGGCAAAGGUGAUAAAUGAGAUACGUUUAGAUCAUGCAUAUCGGGAUUCACCUAUGCUUAAGCGAUGUGUUAAGAGGAUGGUCCAAAAUGACGUGAGCCCUGAGGAAGGAGCUUUGCUGGCUAGAGACAUGGGUGCCAUCUUCUUGAAACAGACCCCACAGAGUAUCAACUUGAUACCAUACUCUGUUGCUGUGAGACUUGGGAUGACAGAUUUCAAGCUGACUAGGAUCUCUCUUAUCCUAGCUAAUAAGUCCAAAAGAAUUCCCGAAGGUGUUUUAGAGGAUGUUCUAAUAAGGAUUGGUGAAUGCAUAAUUCUUAUAGACUUUUUGGUUUUUAAGUAUAGCGAAGAACCUUUGAAUCCUCUUAUCCUUGGGAGAUCUUUCUUAGCUACCGCUGGUGCUCUUAUAGAUGUUUUAGAAAGGAAUGAUUGGACUGCAUGUGGGUGA